AUGAUCGUCUGUAUGAUCGUUCAAAUCAUGUUUCACAUAAAGAUGUAUAUCGACCAUCCAUGGUUCUUCUUAUUCUGGUAUAUUUUUGGUGAUACAAUCAAUAUCUUUACAUCUGCUGCAAUUGACUACUCAUUGAUAUGUAAACCAGGCUAUCGAAUAUCGAAAAUACAACGAUCACCCAAAUAUAAUGGGAAAUUAGGCUCCUUGUUAGUACAAUGUGAACUUAUUGAACGAAAUACGGAAUUGAUAGAAUGCAUUCGAUUACAAAGUAUACCUCAAUGUUCCGGUAUAGCGGAAGGUUGUUCUGGGCAGACAUGGCUUGCAGGCUUCAAUCUAUAUGUUAUUGAAAAUUCAACAAAAGUUACACUAUGGGAUCCAAUAUGCUGUACAUCAAAGAAUAUAAUCAUAGAUGAAAAUGCCUGUAUAAAUGAUCGUCUUAAUCAACCAAAUGAAAAUUUUGAACAUGAAAUAGCCAACGAUUUAAUCUAUAGAGGAUUGCAAUGUUGGCAUCAGUACAAUGUUUACAACACAUUGUUCGACUUGAUCUGGAAAAUGGAAAUCUGCCCGUUCAGCUCACCUGAAGAAAAGAUAUACAGAUCGCAAGAUUGUCCGGAGUGCGAAUGUGAUUGUGGCAAAUCACAGUGUUCUGAUAACAGUUAUCCAUCCAAGCUGAUUCAUAAACACACUAAAAAUCACUCAUGUCAGUGUCAAUGUGACUGCAUCAUUAUCUGCUAA